UUUUGGAAAUUACUUUCCCCCGUUAACAUCCUUUGUCCUAUCAUCACUGAAUCUUGAUUUAAAAAAUUAUUCUUUGUGUAUUUGAUCAUUUUUAUCUCUUUUAUCUCCAUUAGUCUUCAAAUUGAUAAUUAAUUAAUUUUAAUGGGUAGUCGUUAUUUAAAUCUUCCCCAAACUGGAGAAGUUCCUUCUUCAAUGGUUGAUCAAUUUUUUAAUAAUGACCAACACCCUCCCCCACCUGCUAGAAAGAAAACAAUUCAAGAACUCGAGGAAGAGGAAAGGGAAGCAAGAGAAAAAGCUGAAAUUGCGAUUACCGAAGCUUUAUUAAAUGAAGAUUUGGAAAAUAUAGAAGAUUUAAAGAAUGGAAGUAAUGGAGGUGAUAAAGGAAUAAAGAAAAGGAGGACAUUUCCUUCACCAUCAAGCAAAGGAAGUGGCCCACUUGGUUGGUUGGGCAUUACCCAACUUAUUUUGGGGUUAUUUCUUCUAAUAUUUGAUGCUUUUACAAAUCCUUUAAGUCAAUCCAAUUUUGGUGUUUCUGCUUCAUUAUUUGCUGUUUUAUCUUCAGUUUUGAGUUUUAUAUCUGCUAGUCGAUGGCCAGAAAGAAUUUCUUUAUGUAUUUUAUUACCUGGUUGUGUAUUUACUUCUCUUUUGUGGGCUUGUUUGGGUAUUGAAAGUAGUCAAAAACUUUCUAACCAACCAAUUCCUAUUAAAAUUAAUUGUCCACAAACAAAACAAUUAAUAGAACCUUUAAUUUGGGUAAAAUGGUUAAAAGAAGAAAGUUUUUUAAAUAUUCGAAAAUGUAUUGGUCCAGCAAUUAAUUCUAUAUUAUUAUGUUUUGCCUUAAUUGGAGGAUUUUUGUCUUUAUGUUCUUUGCUUGUUUGUUGUCGUUCUUUACAUUUAGCAUGUUCUAAUCCAUCAAAAAUAAAAAAAUUAAAAAGAAAAAUGUCUGUAAAUAAACCAAUGAUUUCUGCCGCAAAUAGGCCCUUUACUUUAUUAAUUUCACCAACAGGGAGACUUCGAACAAAAAUUCCAAAAUUACCGUUAAGAAAAAUAAUUGAAGAAGAAAAUAAAACGAAUGAAACUAAUUGUUGUGAAUAAAAUAAUUUUUAAAA